AUGAACGCCGACAAUCUGUAUGGGUAUAUCCCGUCCCUCGCGGCAGGAAUCAUCUUCAUUAUCCUCUUCGCUGGCACAACCUUCUUUCAUGUAUUCCAAUUGACCAGGGAACGAUGCUGGUACUUUAUUCCAUUUGUGGUGGGCGGAUUCUUUCAGAUCGUCGGAUACAUCUGCCGCGUCGUCGCCCGCAAUGACCUCACCUCCGUGACCGUUUACGCGUUACAAUCGGUCUUGAUCCUGCUCGCGCCGCCGCUAUACGCCGCCUCGGUGUAUAUGGUUCUCGGCCGGACCGUCACCUACCUUCGCGCCGGGAACCUGAGCCUGAUUCGCGUCCGCUGGAUGACCAAGAUCUUCGUGUCGGGCGACGUUUUCUCCUUCCUGCUUCAAUCUGCCGGUGGUGGCCUCAUGGCGGCGGGCACUGCUUUUUUCGGGUUCUUCGUCAUUGUCGCCGCAAUCUUCCACGUCCGCAUUAACGAGCACCCCACUCCCAAAUCGCGGCAUGAGCGCGCAGAGACUAGUGUCCAGGGUUGGCGGCAGCGCAACUGGGUAACCGUUCUACUGGCGCUGUACGUGGUCAGCGCUUUGAUCUUGAUCAGGUGUAUUUUCCGACUUGUCGAGUACAAGGAUGGCUUUGACGGGUAUAUCAUGACCCAUGAGGCGUUUGGGUAUAUUUUCGACGCGCUAUUGAUGUUUAUCGCCAUGGUUGUUAUGAACGUGUAUCACCCCGCGGGAAUUCUUGGGGAUGGCAAGGGAGGCAAUCGGCGGCACUCCGAGUACAGCGAGGCUGUUCAGCUGUAG